AUGGGUGAUAACUACACCAUACACAAAGUUUCUUUAAAGCGAACCCGGCAAGCUUGUGGUCCCUGUCGGCUAGGGCAACACUGCUCAUACGGACCGCAACCAUCUCGUGUGAAACCCCACUCGGUUUCGGCUCGUGCGCAGAGCCAGGAAACACAACACAGUAGCAUCAAUGAGAUCCAAGGGGAUAUCUCGAGCUCUGGGAGGCUUCAGCGCAUCGAAGAAAGACUAGAUAUGAUGGCACUUUUACUCCAAGAAGGCUUACCAAGGUCGAAUUCAUUGCGAGAAGUAUCGAGUGAUACCCAGCUCAAUGAUGAUCGUGAGCUGCAAGAGGCUUCUUAUGAUGACCUCGAAAUAAUGGAUUGCCCAAAGAGUCACUCGCUGGCCUCUCCAGACUCAUUGCCACCAGAGGUCGCAUUCGCAUUAGUGGCCCUUACUUCCCGUCUGCCUCGACGAUCUCGUGGACCUUUACAUGAGAAUAGACCUGAUGGGAAAACAUUCGCAGAGAGAGCCUGGGACCUUUUGUCAAGUCAGUACAAAGAUGGCAAGAUGGGCCUUUCAUUUCUCCAGGGUACAUUUCUCAUGGCCCAGGUAGAUUUUGCCGAUGGAAAAGCGCAUCGAGCGUAUGCGUCGGUUGCCCUUGGAUUGCGUGUCAUUCAAUCUGUAGGGUUGAAUAAAGAAGAGGACUCCUAUCGCACGAAUGAGCCAGAGAUCGAAACGAGAAAGCGCAUUACUUGGGCCUUUUUUAUGCUCGAUCGCACUUAUAGUGCUUCCCGGAAUUAUUCACUGUCCCUCUCCGACAAACAAUUCACACUUCCCUUUCCUGCUCUAGAGACGGAGUCGCUGUUCAGUGAAAAUGGGCCACUGACCCACGGGUCGUUGCAUGACGGUCCUGGAAAACAAGGGCAGAAAGUUGAUCAUGGAAUUCUCGUAUGUCUCCUGAGGCUGUUCUCUUUGUGGGGAAAAUCCACGGAGUAUGUCUUUGAACCCUUUGCUGAGAGCUCGCUACCUCCCUGGCAAACCGGAUCAGCUCUCGCGGUCCUCGAGUCAGAAUGGUUGCAAUUCGAAACACACUUUGCAGAUGCUCAUCGAUAUAUAAACGUGGAUUUCAAAAGCUGCGCCCGAGAAGAUCCACGGCCACGUACAUACCUCUCGACCUGGGUGUGUGUCCAAUUCCUUUUCCAUUCAAUCCAGGGUCUACUGCACCACCCAUUCGUGAUCAUGACCAAGCUUCGCAACUUUAAUGGAAAUCUGUCUGCAACAUUUCUGCAAAAAUCGUUCGAGACAUCACUCCUCCACUCUCGAUGGAUAGUUCGGUUCAUAAGGGAAAUGUCAGAUGUCAACUUUGAGACCUGUGAUCCGUUUCUGGGAUAUUUGGCUGCGAUCGCAGCAACAAUUCAGCUCGAGCACACCGGCAACAAAAAUCCACAAAUUGCUCUUUUGCUCAACAAAGAAUUUCAGAUUCUUGUUGACUUCAUGACGGAGCUGUCUGUGUAUUGGGAAAAUAUGAGUGUUCUGGUUAACAAAGUGAAUGAACUUGCCGCUCGUCAUCAAAAUUAUGGAUCACUUUAUUACAAUCAAGAGGGUUUCUCGGGCGCUUUAUCCAAAAUGCCGACCCCUUCGAAUAUGCCUAGAAUGUCCGCAGAAGACGAGGGACUCAUGUGGGAAAUCCUCGAUUUUGGCUGCUCAUCAGGAGGAGACAAGGCAAUGAACUUUGGGAAUUUGGCUAUCCCCCAAGACAUCCAAGCAAAUGAAGGGCACCCCGCACAAAGGAGACCGUCGUCAAGAAUACAACGUGCAGGUCAGCAAAACAAGAAUGAUCAGAGAGGGCGCAUGACCCCAAGUGUUCCAAAUCUUGACGAAAUAUCCGAAUCCAUCAACGAAGGUCCAUUGCCUGAGUGGCCAUUUCAGGCGAGAGAUGGUGGUGAUAUGAUUGGGGCAGCAAUGCCGGACAUUCCAGAUUGGAUGAUUCUGGGAGAUUAUAUGGCAGAGCAUCUAGAACACGAGGGAUAUCAGCUACUGAAAGUACCCGAGGUCGAAUCCCCUUACCCACAACUGCGAUCGGUUGCUAUUUAUGGUGGUGCAAAAUCAUCCUUUGGUCUGGUAUAUUUCUUUGCGACACUAAAUCGCAACGACUCAAAGCUGCACCUCAAGUCUACACAGAAAGAUCUUGUCCAAGUACACUGGAUCAUCCGUGAUCGAGGGUCCACUCUUCCAAAUUGUGACACCGUUGCAAGCGAUAAUCUAUCGGAACCUCCAGGGGUUUGCACUAAAGGCUUGGAGGACACGGCGCAAUAUGGUUCAAAUCGGAGGAUAGAAAAGCUUCGCCCGGAGAACAGUGUUCUAUUUGCCCAUGGAGCAGGCUUGUUUGGCAACCAGCUAUACAAUACGGCCAUGUUGGUUUUAUUAAACAAUCGGCCUCGCACUGCACGCAUCGCCGACUUCCACUCCGUUGCCAUGUCGCCGUUGUGGCAUGCGCAGCGGAUAUGCAGUAUCGCUCUCCACAAUGAUAGUCGGGAAUUCUGGGAUCCAUAUAUCCUGGCAUCCUUUCUGUUGGCAGCUCGCUGGAUGACACAUGAGUCGCAACAACAUGAAGUUGUGCAUGCAUUCGACCGCAUACGUACGGUGUCGGGGUGGAACGCACACAACAGCUUGCAGAGCCUAUGA